CCGCCGGUGCCUCUCCCUUGCCCGUGCCGCCGGUGCCUCUCCCUCACCCGUGUUGCCGGCGCCUCUCCAUUGGCUCCGUCGUCGGUGCCAAGAUCUCAUUUUUAUUCUCCGAUGGCUGAUUUCGAGUGCGUCGGCUCGAUCUGCAAUGGCCUUCCUCCACUCCAACGCCGUGCGGAUGAUGCCAUGGAAGGGCCACCAUGACAAGGAGCAGGACGACGCCUUGGAAGGUUCACCGACAGGAGCAACUACGUACGGUCUGGUCUUCUCCACUGACAGGGAUAUCGACAUGGAGGUCCGCCAUGGAAGGCCUGGAGCUCGUCAUGGAGGGUCCCUCCUCUCUCUUCCCCUCCCUCUACUCUGUUGGUUGGUUGGACGGAAGACCAUCGCUCGUCCGACUCUGCUUCUUCCACCGCUGCUCCCGUCCCACCAUAGUGCCACAGACGCUAUGCCAAGCACGGAAGGGGUGGAUGCCAAUACUCUUAGAAUGGUCAUUGGAGCAAUAUACACAAUAGUGAUGUUUGUCGGCAUCAACAACUGUGCAACCGUUCAACCAAUUGUUUUAAUCGAGAGAACAGUUUGUACAGAGAGAGGGCUGCUCCAUUGCUCAGCUACUUAUGCAGCGAGGGUACAGGUUGUUCUAGAUGGCUCUGUAGACAGUGAGAAUGAGGAGACUCAAACUCAUGAAGAUUCUAAUGAGGAAAUCGAUUAUGAUAAAUAACAACACAGAUCAGCAGAGAUGAAUCGGCUUCCACCGGAUCCUUAGCUGGUGUAGCCUCAACUGCUUGCUCAGGACGAUUGCUUAGCAUGACGUGCAGCCUCCCGCGGCAGUAGUUCAACUCCUGCACAAUUACACAAAAGGCAUAGACCGUCAGAACAUAGUCCAAUGGUUUCUAGACCUGGCGUACAUCGGCGCCUCCAUGGCUGCUGAACAGGAUGAAGAGGAGCACUGGAGGACCAUGGCAGCGGUG